GUGAUGUACUUGGGCGUUUCCUGUUGCCUGUUAUAAAUUCACAGUACAAUUCACUACUUAGGGUCCAUUUUUUACUUUCUUAGGCUAAUCCAUCUGUUGGGGUGCUUCUCAGCCUGUAGCAAUGCCAAGUGACCUGGAGAGAGCCAUGGAGAUGCUGGUCACGGUCUUCUACCGUUACUCCAAGAAAACAGGCAACAGCAACACUCUUUCACGCUCUGAGUUCAAGCAGCUGAUGGAGACUGAGCUAUCUACAUUCCUCAAGGCACAGAGGGACCCCAAUGUCGUGGAUCGCAUUAGGAAUGACUUGGAUGCCAACGGGGAUGGAGAGCUGAACUUUGAGGAGUUUGUGUCCCUGGUGGUGGGCCUAUCGGUGGCAUGUGAGCAGAUCUACCAGCUGCAUGAGAAGCAAGAGCAGUGCAGGAAGUGAGCGCAUCGUGGUUGGGAGGUUUGGUGCCAAUAGUCAUUCUGUAAAAAGUCUAAUAAACACUGACUUUCAAACACA